GCUCCGGGGAAAAUGGCAAGGGCCAGGCAGAUAAGCGGGACCGCAAUUCGCUUUCUGAUUCUGAUUCUGAUUUAGACAAGGGAAAGAGUGAGGAAGUAGCUGAUUCUAGGGUUUUGGAUUCCAAAAGGCAAAGACUGAGUCUUUCUGAUUCUGUUGAGAAGGUGGAUCCUGGAAAAGGGUUUAUCGGAACUGAUGGAACUGUGACGCCGACGAGGAGAACUGAGCUGGUGGAUUUGUGUUCCAGUGGAGAUGUUGAGGAGGAAGAAAGUAAAGAAACUAAGGACAUGGGUUCCAGCAAAUCGGGACUGGGAAGUUCCGGUACUAGUGGAAGGAUAAUGACCUCGCACCUGGAGAAAGGGAAGAGAAAAUUGGAUAUUGACCUUAACUCGCCUGCCGUGGACCUAGUGUCGGAAGAUGGAAAUGACAGUGGGUUCUUGAAUUUGCGGUCAGGAGCAAGAAUCGUCAGAAGGAAAAUGGAAGGGACCGGUGUUGAUUCUUACGGAAUUGAGAAUGACGGUAUACAGUUUUUACUUCAUCAAAGAGAGGGAGAGGGAACAGAUAGAGAAAAUCAGGGAAGAUUGCCUGACCAAAGUGGAGAGGGUGUUCAUGUGGAGAAUUUGAAGACAGACCCAAUUGAUGGUGAAAGUAGUGGUGCUAAUGGUGGCAAAAGGUACAGCAGAGAAGAAAAAGGGAAGGGGACAUUGAUUAAGGACACUCCAGUGGAGCUGGAAUUAUUUCCUGUGACAGAGCGUUUGAUGAAGGAUGCUGUUUCAGGCCUUAGCCAGCGGAAGGAAAUUUUAACGGCGGUGGAAAAAAUGGAGAACAUCAUGAAGGAUAAUAUAAAGAUGGGUCUGAGGCAUAGAAAGGAGAGCAGAUCCGGCCGGAGUGAAAGGUUCCGCCGUACAGCCAGGGCAAAUGCUUCUCGGUUUGCACAUUUUAGGCCUGAAGAGGAAAACGUCCCUUUGCCCAACGUGCCUGAGAGGCAAAUGCCGCCAGUGGAAACUUCUCAGGAACUCGAAGAUUGGCCUGGUCCCUUUUCUACUGCUAUGAAGAUUAUUAAGGAGCGAAACAUGAAACAGUUGAAAACUCAACCAGGAAAUUCCUCUUCUGGUUUAAGUAAACUUGUACCGGUAAUUGACUGGACACCCUCGAAGGAUCAGUCUCUCAAUAAUUCAAAGCCCUUAGUUCCUUCACUGCAAAACCUUUGCCUGAGCGUUCUUGCUAAGAAUUCUGAUGCGAUUGUCUCACUUGAGCUUGUCCCAGAUGUAUUGAAGCACACACUCAGUCGGCUGCUCUGUGAUUCUCGAAAAAUGAGUAACCAUUUUAUGGAACUCCUUGUUCAUGGGUCUCCAACAGAGAUACGUGUAAAGGAUUGUUCAUCCAUAACUGAGGAGGAGCUCAGCAGAAUGCUUGUAGGCUGUAAAACAGAAAACCUUACGGUGCUGCAAUUUGACCUAUGUGGGCGUUGUAUGCCAAAUUAUAUAUUGCGGACUACGUUAGCUCAAUCGCCUAAUACUUUGCCUGCAUUAGCAACCAUAUCCUUGAAGGGUGCAUGCCGUCUUUCAGAUGUUGGACUUAAAGCACUUGUUGCUUCAGCGCCUGCACUUAGAUCUAUAAAUUUGGGGAUGUGUUCCUUUGUCACCUCAGAUAGUAUAAACAUUCUGGCUGAUUCUUUGGGAUCAUCACUGAGGGAAUUAUACAUAGAUGAUUGCCAAAACGUAGAUGCAAUGAUGAUUCUCCCUGCAUUGAAGAAGCUAGCACACUUGGAAGUGUUGUCUGUUGCAUGUGUGCGUAAUGUUUGUGAUGAUUUUGUCAGUGAACUAGUAGCUGUACAUGGUCCAAACAUGAAGAAACUUUCUUUUUUGGGUUGUAGGGAAUUGACUGAUACUUCAUUAAAAGUCACUGCAGAGACUUGUUCCGGACUAUGUUCUCUUGAUCUUGGUAACUUGUGUAAAUUGACUGAUUGUGCAAUGGCAUACCUUGCCAAUGGUUGUCAGUCAAUUCAUACGCUCAAUCUAUCUCGCAAUGCAUUCAGUGAUGAAGCAAUCGCUGCAUUCUUGGAAGCCUCUGGAGAAUCCUUGACGAAACUUUGGCUGAAUAAUGUUACUAAGGUUGGCCACCACACAGCUAUAUCACUCGCCAGAUGUUCAAGAAAGCUGCAAAGACUGGACCUGUCCUUUUGCCGUAAGUUGACUAAUGAAGCACUGGGAUUGAUAGUUGAUAGCUGCUCAGCACUGAAAGUGCUCACAGUUUUUGGAUGUUCUCAGAUCAGUAAAGUGUUUCUAGAUGGCCACUCAAAUCCCCAUGUGCAAAUCAUUGGAUUGCCAUUGACUGAUAUGUUGAAACAUCUAAACAAUAUUGAUACUUUGGAAGACACAUCUGGAUACUGAUCUUUGGCUUCUUCAACUACACCUCAAAUUUCAAAUGUUUCAGUUGCUUGGUAUGACUAUUUUGCAUCAAUUGAUACUGGAAAAAUACAAAAACCGCCUUAUAGAUAGAUAGAAAGAUAGA